AUGAAUAAAAAUGACAUAGCUAAUGUCAAGCGAGACUUGUUCUUAUUAGAGAACCAACUCCCUUACAUUGUCCUCGAGAAGUUAAUGGAGGGCCAUAAAGAAUAUGAAUGGGAGGACAUGAUUAAAAAUUUCAUCACCAUGUGUCGAAGACUUCCUCCUGCAGUUAAACCAUGGAUAUCUAGUGCUAGUAGUUAUUUCUUCAAGUCACCACGAAAACAUGGAUUUCAAUCUCCUCUUCAUCUUCUUGACACGACGAGGACAAGAUUUGUGAGACAAAGUGCUACCUUUCCUUCUCGACAUUGUCAAGUGCAGGAUAUGAUACCCUUAGCUCUUUUAGACAUGGUGCGCCACUGUAUGGGAAGCCGGUGCAGCCCCAAACAAAAUGCCACCCCUAGUGCUACCAGUGAUUGGUACUCUUAUCAUUUAGCUAGGGUGCUCAAGUCUAUGGGAAUCUGGUUCAGACCAAACAAAACAGGUAGUUUUAGCGAUGUCAAGUUUGAAUCUCAGCUAUUCAUUAGGGGAGUGCUCACACUUCCUCCAAUACUCACAGAUGCCUCCACCAAAUCCCUAAUGCUCAACUUGUUGGCUUUCGAAUCGAGUUACCAUAACAACUCGGCGGACAACAUGCAGCAGGGUGUCGUCACGUCUUAUAUGUGCUUCAUGGACUCACUCAUUGACAAUGCUGAAGAUGUGAUGCUCCUUAGGACUCAGAAUAUCAUCACCAAUUGCUUGGGAAAUGACCAAAUAGUUGCAGAUCUAUUUAACAAAAUCACAAGCAAUUUGGUCCCAAACCGUCAUACUUAUGCUGAAGCUAAGCUUGGAAUUCAAAAUCAUUGCAAUAACAAGUUCAAGAAAUGGAUGGCAGAAGGUCACCACAUCCAUUUCAGAAACCCGUGGACGCUUUUCGCAUUAUUUGGUUCCCUUUUCCUCCUCGGGCUCACUGCCGCUCAGACUUAUCUUGCAACAAUGCAGCUCAAACAAUGA